AUCACAUGAAAGGCUUGAGAGCCCCUUCCAUGAAAAGACGGCUGGCAUGCAGCUUGAAACUCCGUCUGUAUUGCUCCCCCGUGACAAAAGAAUUGCUACUGUCCAGCCCACGAUACACAUUCUGGGAAAAUUACAUUGUCACCUUGGAAGUUGAAACACCGACGCAAAUUUCUCUCAUUGAGGAAGCAUCAGGCGAGAAAGAAGAUAUAGAGGUCACACUUCUGCCUGCUGGCCAUUGUCCAGGAUCAGUUAUGUUUCUCUUCCAAGGGGAAAAUGGGACUGUACUGUACACGGGGGAUUUCCGACUCGCGAGAGGAGAAGUGGCCCGAAUGGAACUUUUGCAUUCAGGAAGCAGAGUGAAAGACAUCCAGAGUGUCUAUUUAGACACCACAUUCUUUGAUCCCAAAUAUUAUCAAAUACCAAGCCGGGAAGAAUGCAUGAAAGGGAUGAUGGAAUUAGUGCGAAGCUGGGUGGUCCAGAGCCCCUAUCACGUGGUGUGGCUGAACUGCAAAGCAGCUUAUGGAUAUGAGUAUUUAUUCACAAAUCUCAGCGAAGAGCUUGGGAUGAAGGUGCACGUGAACAAGUUGGACAUGUUUAAACACAUGCCAGAAAUCCUCUACCAUGUCACCACAAAUCGGCAUACUCAGAUUCACGCGUGUCGCCAUCCCAGGGAUUACGAAAUGUUCCGCGGAAACCGGCUGCCUUGUGGAAUGACGUCUCAGAAUGGAAAUGAGUUGCGUGUUAUCAGUGUCAAGCCAUCCACCAUGUGGUUUGGAGAAAGGACACGGAAAAGCAAGGUGAUCAUGAGAGCCGGAACGAGUUCCUACAGAGCUUGCUUUUCAUUUCACUCUUCUUAUAGCGAGAUCCAAGACUUCCUGAGCUACGUUUGCCCAGUGAAUGUCCACCCCAAUGUAAUUCCACUGGGAUCAAACAAGGAACGAGUUGAAGAAAACCUGAAGCCCUUCCGCAGAAUGUACAGGCAAAAUAACGGGCCCACAUAUAAACCUCUCGGCGUGUUGAAGAGACCGAGGGCCUCGGAGCUACCGGACACCAAUGGUGGUGGGAGCGAUGAUGAGGAUCUCUUCGAUUCCGAACGGAUUCCCACGAAGAACAAGAUUCCCAAAUUACUGCCAGAGACUGGGCCCACGGAGAGCAAGCCGCUUCCUCCAAAUCAUGAAGAAGACAACAGUUGUAAAGCCGCUCUGAUACCUACCUCUUUACAGGUUGAUUUUGUGGAGUGUGAAGAAUCUAAUGGCGAGGACGAGGAAGAGGAAGAGGAGGAAGAACAUGAGAAGGAGACAGCUCUUCCAGAAAGUCCAUUACUGAGGACAGACUCCAUUGCAGCGUUGAGGCACCCCAACAGCCUUGUGGGUUCAACCGGGAAACACAAUGAAGACCAACAGCAAGCUAACUUGGAGGUGCCAAAAUGGGAUAGUUUUUUUAGACGUCCUUCAGAAGAUCCAGAGACCUCUGACCACGAGGACCACCAGCCAUGCAGAGACUCAACCGAGCAGCAUUCUCCUUGCCCCUACGAUGACGACGACGAUCUGAGUGAUUCAACUCAUAUCUCUUCUCAAAAUUCUUCUCAGUCAACCCAUAUCUCUGAACAGGGUAGCCAAGGAUGGGACAGUCAAGCCGAUACCGUCCUCGUUUCCUCCCAAGAGCGAAGGAACUUUGAGUUUAGCCCUUCCAAGGGAGGAGCUGAAAGAAGGACGACCCACGUACCUCAUCGCCUUGCAAAGAAAACGGGCUGGCCAAAUAGCCAGCCUUUAGAUCGUGGUGCACCUUCUGCAGAUCCCUUGGAAUGCAAAGUCAGAUAUUGGGGCACAGCAGCUCCCGGUGAAAAUGAACCAUUAGAUGAGAGGACCAAACCAGAAGGCAGGUCGGAAACGCUCAAUCCAGAGGUCCAAAUUGACUCCCAGGGCUCUUCAGAUUUUGAAGUCCCACCUACUCCCGGGGCUGAGAUUCCUAAACCGGAGCAACUCUCCAGCCUGUACCAAAAGCUGGCAGCUGGAGAAAAUUUCCACUGACUGGGAAAAAACAACAGGACCUAAAAGCUUUUU